AUGGUGAACCCGGAACUAAUGGAGGAGAUAGAGCGCAGGUUGUACGUAGAUGAUUUAAGCAAUGGCAAGGAGACAACAAACCAAGCGUUAGAAAUAAAGAUGACAGCCACAGCAAUCUUUGGUGAGGCAACUUUCAAGCAGCACAAGUGGCAGUCCAACAAUCAGAAUUUAAAACGGCUCAUCGCACGCCGUGGGCGUCCGGAGAAGACAUAUUCCGACAAUGGCAAAACCUUUGUUCGCGCCGAGAAGUGGCUCAAACAAGUUAUGCGUGACGAGCGCAUAAUCGGACUGGUCAAAACAGCUUUAAACAAGACUAUCGGAUGCGGAAUGUUGACCUGGACAGAGCUGUGUGAAGUGGUACUGGAUGUGGAGAUUGCUUUGAAUAAUCGCCCUUUAUGUUACGUAGAAGACGACAUACAGUUACCCGUGCUUACCCCUAACUCACUGCUAGUUCCUCGAUUAAACCAGCCACAAGAACUGAAACCACACCAUCUAAGAGAAUUUGAUCAGCACAGAAGAGCUAAAUAUCUGCGAAGGUGCAAGCAGGGUUUGUGGACCAGGUGGACUACCGAAUAUUUACGAAGGUUGAGAGAACGACACUGGAUGAAACACAAGGGUCAAACCACGCCCUUGGCCAAAGGAGAGGUGGUCAUCAUCAAGGACGAGGAACGAAAUCGCAAUAAAUGGACAAUUGGAUUCGUAGAAGAUCUGAUUUCGGGACGAGACGGAAUCGUUUGA